CGCACGUCCGCUGGGCUCCCACCCUGACGUCACCCCGAGCUUCCAUAUAAGGCCCCGCCCGCGAGCGGCUCGGCGUGCUGGAGCCUCUGUAGCCGAACCCCGACCACGCUGCUGUGCGCCCGAAGCUGCUCAUCGUGCACUAGCGGUCCCAAAAGGUUCAAAGUCCGACAAGAUGGCAACCCUCAAGGACCAGCUGAUUGUGAAUCUCCUUAAGGAAGAACAGGCCCCCCAGAACAAGAUUACGGUUGUUGGGGUUGGUGCUGUUGGCAUGGCUUGUGCCAUCAGUAUCUUAAUGAAGGACUUGGCAGAUGAGCUUGCCCUUGUUGAUGUCAUGGAAGACAAACUGAAGGGAGAGAUGAUGGAUCUCCAGCACGGCAGCCUUUUCCUUAGAACACCGAAAAUUGUCUCUGGCAAAGACUAUAGCGUGACUGCAAACUCCAAGCUGGUUAUCAUCACAGCGGGGGCCCGUCAGCAAGAGGGAGAGAGUCGGCUCAAUCUGGUCCAGCGCAACGUGAACAUCUUCAAGUUCAUCAUUCCCAACGUGGUGAAAUACAGUCCAAACUGCAAGCUGCUUAUUGUCUCCAACCCAGUGGAUAUCUUGACCUACGUGGCCUGGAAGAUAAGUGGCUUUCCCAAAAAUCGAGUCAUCGGGAGUGGUUGCAAUCUGGACUCCGCUCGGUUCCGUUACCUGAUGGGAGAAAGGCUGGGUGUUCACCCACUGAGCUGUCACGGAUGGGUCCUGGGGGAGCACGGGGACUCCAGUGUGCCUGUGUGGAGUGGCGUGAAUGUCGCUGGUGUCUCCCUGAAGAAUCUGAACCCAGAACUGGGCUCCGAUGCAGACAAGGAGCAGUGGAAGGAGGUUCACAAGCAGGUGGUUGACAGCGCCUAUGAGGUGAUCAAACUGAAAGGUUAUACGUCCUGGGCCAUUGGCCUCUCUGUGGCCGACUUGGCAGAGAGCAUAAUGAAGAAUCUGAGGCGGGUGCAUCCCAUUUCCACCAUGAUUAAGGGUCUCUAUGGAAUCAAGGAUGAUGUCUUCCUCAGUGUCCCCUGUGUCCUGGGACAAAAUGGAAUCUCAGAUGUUGUGAAGGUGACUCUGACUUCUGAAGAGGAGGCCCGCUUGAAGAAGAGUGCAGACACGCUCUGGGGGAUCCAGAAAGAGCUGCAGUUCUAAAAGUCCCCAGAUGUCCUAGCGCUUCACUGUCCAGGCUGCAGCACACUGUCUCCUCAGCUGAGCUGUGGUUAGGGUGGUUGUGUUCCCACAGCUCUACCCUGAUGCUAAGUGGUACUUGUGUAGUGGUAACCUGGUUGGUGUGACACUGCCAACUGUGUGCAGGCUUCAGUUACCCUGUGAACCUGCUGUGUCUGUGCUGUGCACCCUCACCAGACAUGCCUAGGCCAAUGAUUUCCCAGUUAGUCAUAACCUGGCUCCAGUGUGUAAAUCCAUUAUGCAUAUCUUGUGCAUAACUGUUCCAAAGGAUAUUAUUUUGUGUAUUAUGUAUCUGUGGUGUACAUUGAAAUAUUGUGUAAAGAUCUUCAUAUGGAUGAUGCAACCGACUACCCAAGUGUCAUGCCAACGAAAACACCAAAUAAACCUUGAACAGUGA